ACUCUUUGAAGUCGAGCCAGAUACUGGUUUUAUCCACAGACUGGAUUCUCCUCUAUCAUCUGUUCGACCCCUUCCCCUUACAAACACUCCGUCCUCUCCCAUUCUUCAUAAGGAAGACCCCACGGCCCACUCUUCUCGUACAUCUCGUUCCAUCAACCCUCCAUCAACCGCACUCAGCAUGCCUAGCUCCAGCAAUUCCCCGCACAAAUCUACCGUAGAGUCACGGCCUCAGUCCACGUACUUUGAGGCCAACAAGACCUUCAAGGAGAGAAGAACAUUCGAGGAUAGAAGGAAAGAUGUUGAUGAGAUAGUCAGAAAGCAUCCCCAGAAGAUCCCGUUGGUAAUAGAGAGAGCAAGAACAGAGAAGCAUCUCCCACCACUUGACAAAACAAAGUUCCUAGUACCAGAAGAACUAACAAUGAGUCAACUGACAGCAAUUAUUAGGAAGAGGAUGCAGUUGAGUGAGACGCAAGCAUUCUACUUGAUAGUGAACCGCAAGGCAAUGGUCAGUACUUCAAUGACACUAAUGGAAGUGUACAGAUCACAGAAGGAUGACGACGGAUUCUUAUACAUGACUUAUGCUUCACAGGAGGUCUUUGGUUGAUGGACACUAUAUGCACGUUCUCUUUUUCAUUAGCUUAUGUUCAAAUUACAAUCCUCACUCACUCCCCCUCUCACUUUGUCACUCCUUGUUCUGCACUACAUGUAUGUAUUAUAUGAAAUGGACCUACUUUUGAAAAAUUAUUGUGUUUGUUUGUUUGUGUGUAUUUGUUACAAAUUAAAACUUGCCCAUUUUGAUUCAUUA